CCUUUCUAGAGCCCUGCUGCUCUAUUAGAUCCUUGCUUGCACUUCAGUGCACUUAAAUAAUCACCACCUAAUAAUCCUGCCUAUAUAAGCUCUCCUUCUCCUCCCCUUUCAAAACAAUAUAACUCACAUAUCCCCAAUUGAAAAUAAGUAUUUAUCUUUCCUUUUGUUUGUGUGUGUAUCCAUGGUGUCCUUACAAGCAGCAGCUCUCAAUCCAGGCCAAGUUUCAAUGAAGAAGAGAAAGUGGCAAGCUGAUAGAGAAGAAGAACAAGAAGAACAUAGAGAACCAAAGAGAAAGGAUGAUAUAGAGCUCAAUCUUGAAACUCCUCUUCCUUUGGAAUGGCAAAGAUGCUUAGAUAUCAAGUCUGGAGAAAUACACUACUACAACACAAGGACAAAGAUGAGGACAUCUAAAGACCCAAGAGAGAUCAGCACAGAGGCAGUGGUGAGUCUUGAUCUUGAACUGAACCUUGCAAGCCAUGCAAAUGAUCAACACAACAACAACAACAACAACAACAACAACAUGAAGAAGAUCAAGAAGAAAAAUUCAUUAGAUUUGAGUUCAAAUGAUGAGAAGGAAAACGAGAUGAUCGCGGCCGUGUGCAUGCGAUGCCACAUGCUAGUCAUGAUGUGCAAAGCAUCUCCGGCCUGCCCGAACUGCAAGUUCCUGCAUCCCCCUACUGAUCGGAGCUCCCCGGCCUUCCUCAAGCCCGCGCUCAGCCUCAGACUCUUGUGCUGCAAGGAUUAAAUCAACUCUCAUGAAAAUUCAUAUAUGAAUUCAUGUACAUACACAAGAACAUUUAUAUAAAUAUAUAAAUAUAUAUAUGUUUGCACUUUAA